UUAGGGGAUAUGACGACCAGAACCUUUUGCCUUUGAAUGAAAACAUGUUUAAACAAAUAUAAAUUAUAUCAGACAAAAAAGCAAAACACAUAGGGCCUAUGUAGCCUACAUGAAACCAGCAAAGCAGGGACCAUAUUGAAAUGUAUGAUGGGCUGGUACUGGCACACUGUUCGCGAACAUUGAGGACGUAGAGCUAUUAAUUUGAUUCACGUGUUUGUUCUGACACAUUAGCUUGUUCAGCAGAUGUCAAAAUUAUCUAUAUUUCUAUCACAUUCUUCACCUGUCAUUAUUGUGUCUAGAAUGUAGGCAGUCCUCCAGGGUAAAAGCUGUUUCCUGGCCUAGGUUUCACGUGACCGCACGGCCACAGUUCAGAAACUGCGCGCACAGCACUGAAGAGAGACUAACCAAACGGGGAAAUAGCGUUUGAAGAUAAUUAUCGUGGGGAAAUAUAUUUGUUCGAUGUCGGCAAUUGUGGAAAAAAUGGAGUUUCUCAUAGGAAGCCCGUUCACUACGCCUGUCGGACAAAGAAUAGUGUGUGUCAUGGGUUGUUGACAGAGCGAGCCACCAGCGGAGCACUGCAGUCAGAAGACUGGGGCCUCAAUAUGGAGAUCUGUGACAUCAUCAACGAGACGGACGAGGGACCCAAGGAUGCCGCCAAAGCCAUAAAGAGGAAGAUCGUGGGCAACAAGAACUUCAGAGAGAUCAUGUUGGCGCUGACCGUUCUGGAAGCGUGCGUGAAGAACUGCGGCCACCGGUUCCACGUUCUGGUGGCGUCUCAGGAGUUUGUGGAGGGAGUUCUAGUCCGUUCCAUCCUUCCCAAGUACAACCCACCCACAGCUCUACACGACCGAGUACUGAGCCUUAUACAGGCGUGGGCGGACGCCUUCCGGAACUCUCCCUCCCUGGCAGGGGUGGUGGGCGUGUACGAGGACCUGAAGAGGCGGGGCCUGGAGUUUCCCAUGACAGACCUGGAUGCCCUGUCGCCCAUACACACACCCAACCGAAGCAUUCCAGAGAACGGCACGGACGUAAGCGUGGCUGCUCCUUGUGCUGAAGCUCAGAUGCACGCUGCUGCGUCGACAUCCACCUCUGCGUCUCCCAGGAGUGCCCCUAGCCAGAGUGCUUUACUUGCACAGCCUAGCGAGGGGCCUGUGUUCAUCCCUGCCGAACAGGAGCAGAAGCUAAGGGCAGAGUUGGCGCUGGUCAGGGGCAACCUGACCGUAAUGACUGAGAUGCUCAACCAACUCACCCCAGGCCAGAGUGCACAACAAGACACAGAGCUGCUUCAGCAGCUGUACUCGGUGUGCAAGAGCAUGCAGCGUAGGGUGGUGGAGCUCAUCCCCAAACUGGUGGACGAGGGCCUCAUCGAGGAGCUGCUGGUGGUCAACGACGACCUCAACAACGCCUUCAUCCGUUACGACAGGUUUGACAGACUUAAUAAGUCACAGAGAACAACUCCACAGCAGACCCCAAACAACAGCUCCUCCAACCUCAUCAACCUAAGCCCCACCCCAAAUCCCCUCAGCCAACCAGUAACCUCCAUAGCUCCCAGUCAACCAGCAGCUGGCUCCCCAGCCAAUCAGAGUCCGGCGCCUCAACUCUGUCCAGCAGAGGAGGAGGAGUUUGAUAUGUUUGCCCAAACCAGGGGCAGCUCCCUGGCAGAGCAGAGGAAGAGUGUGCGGUAUGAGGACCCCGGAGCAGUGGAGGGCCUCGCCGGGGCCUUGGACACCAGGUUGCAGGUCACAGGAGCAGUCAAUCCACGGGUCACGUCAUCCAAGAACCCCACGUUGGAUGAAAUUGACAGGUGGUUGUCGUCAGACACACCACCUGAUUCGGCUGUCUCCGACGGCGUGACUAGUGACGAAUUUGACAAGUUCUUGGAGGAGAGGGCGAAGGUGGGGGACCAAGCCCCUGCACGCAGCCAGCCCCCCGCUACCUCAUCCAGACCCCCACCCCAAUCUGCCCAGCAACAAGACAGGUCAUCACAUGACCAGCUUUUCUCACUCUGAGAGUAAAGGAGCACUGCAAGACUGGACUGAUCACGGCGGGUCUACAUGAACUGGUCAGCACACAGGAGGAUACACA